CACUCGAGAGAGAAUGUGAUACAACUUUCUGGAAAACUCCUGACAAUUACCUCCAGAAACUUCCGACCCAACUUUAUAAAUGCUCAAAACCAUCAAUCAAAUAAUCAGAGUAAACAGCAUACUAUAGCUAAAACAAAAUCCUAUAACAAUUUCACCCAAAGUUCCGGCAGCGAAAAAGAGAAAUGGAUUUCAGAAUCAUGGGUUUGGAUUCUCCAUUCUUGCAGACCCUCCACUACAUGAUGGACCUACCCGACGACACGGAGAAGACCCCCAAUGCACCAUCGAGGGCCUAUGUUCGUGAUGCUAAGGCAAUGGCGGCUACUCCGGCGGACAUUAAGGAGUACCCCAAGUCAUAUGUGUUCAUCGUCGACAUGCCUGGACUGAAAUCAGGGGACAUCAAGGUGCAAGUGGAGGAUGACAAUGUGCUGUUGAUCAGCGGAGAGAGGAAGCGAGAGGAAGAGAAAGAAGGAGCUAAGUACGUGAGAAUGGAGAGGCGGGUCGGUAAGUUUAUGAGGAAGUUUGUGUUGCCUGAAAAUGCUAAUACUGAUGCUAUUACUGCAGAGUGUCAAGAUGGCGUUGUGACUGUCACUGUGGAGAAAUUGCCACCGCCUGAGCCUAAGAAACCUAAGACCAUUGAGGUCAAGAUUGCAUGAGAGGGUUUUUAGUUUGGGGAGGUUUUAUAUGAACUAUAUGUUGUGGCCAAUGUGGGUUUCGAAUAAUUUGGGUUUAUGGGUUUCGAAUAAUUGGGGUUCAUGGGUUCUUUCUAGUAUUUACCGUUCUGGCUUCUGAAUGUGUUUAUGGUUUGAUAUUACGGUUCCCUUCCCUGUUAUGGAUUUUGAUGAAAUCACGAAAUAUUGCUGAUGUUAUUAAUUAGUA